AUGGCGGAGAAGACGGCCGCCGCGCCAGAGGUCGCUUCGCAAGACCACAGCUCCUCCAACGCCGACAACGAGCUCGCUCGCCCCGUCGGCUGGAUGUACAAGAGCUACAAGAUCGGUCCCGUCACGAUCCCAUACUAUGCCUCGCCCAAGGCCCAGCUCCUGCUGGUGUCCUUCGUCUGUUUCCUCUGCCCAGGUGAGCACGCGAGCUACCAGAUUCCACCCCCACUUGUGCCCUUCUGACUUGAUCGCCAGGAAUGUUCAACGCCCUGAACGGUCUCGGCGGCGGAGGCUUGCUCGACAGCAAGGCCUCCAGUGACGCCAACACCGCUCUCUACUCCACCUUCGCCGUCGUCGGUUUCCUGGCCGGCACCAUCACCAAUGCCAUCGGCAUUCGCUGGUCCCUCUCUUUCGGCGGUAUCGGUUACUGCGUCUACGUCUCCUCCUACAUCUGCUUCCGCUACACUUCCAACUAUGGCUACAUCAGUUUCGCCGGUGCCCUGCUGGGCGUUUGCGCUGGUGUCUUGUGGUCUGCACAGGGCGCCAUCAUGAUGUCCUACCCCACCGAGGCCGAGAAGGGUCGCUUCAUCUCCUGGUUCUGGAUGAUCUUUAACUUGGGCGGUGUGAUAGGCGCCUUGGUAAGUAGACCUUCAAACGACGCGGCAAACCUUUGACUAAUGAUGGCUGUAGGUGCCCCUCGGUCAAAACAUCCACGCCACCUCGAACGGCUCCGUUUCCAUUGGUACCUACAUUGGAUUCCUGGUACUUACCUUCGUCGGUGGUAUCCUCGCAUGGACCCUGGUGGACGCCAAGGCUGUCGUUCGCUCCGAUGGAUCCAGAGUCAUUCUGAUGAAGCACCCUACCUUCAAGUCCGAGCUGCUCGGUCUGUGGGAAACCCUCAAGAGUGACCCGUACGUUAUUCUGCUCUUCCCCAUGUUCUUCGCCUCGAACUGGUUCUACACCUAUCAGUUCAACGGCGUCAACCUGCCAGAGUUCAACACCCGCACUCGCGCUCUGAACAACGUCCUCUACUGGACCAUGCAGAUCGUUGGCGCCUGGAUCUUCGGCAACGCUCUCGACUGGAGCUCUCUGAAGCGCACCACUCGUGCCAAGAUGGUCUGGGGUGCCCUCUUCGUCCUCACCUUCGCCAUCUGGGGCGGUGGGUACGCCUUCCAGACUGGCUACACCCGUGCAGGUUACGACGCGGCUGUGGAAGCUGCCACUGCUGGUGGCGGUACCUACAACGGCGGAAUUGACUGGACCGAAGGCCGCUACAUCGGACCCAUGUUCCUCUUCAUGUUUUACGGCUUCUACGACGCUGCCUGGCAGACCGCCGUCUACUGGUUCAUGGGCGCAAUCACCAACAAUGGCCGCAAGCUCGCCAACUUUGCCGGCUUCUACAAGGGCAUUCAGUCCGCCGGUGCGGCCAUCAUGUGGCGCCUCGACGGUAUUGGCGUCAACUACAUGCACAUGUUCGCCUCCUGCUGGGCUCUGCUGGCCGGGAGCUUGAUCAUUGCUCUGCCGGUCAUGAUCAUGAAGAUCCGCGACACCGUUCCGAUCGAGGAGGACCUCAAGUUCAGCGACGAGACCGUUGACGACGUGGUCGCCCACACUUCGGUGGCCGACGAGGCCGAUGUCGAGAGUCGGGCCUAG